AUGUUCGCAGAUGGCAACAUUAAUGGUGAAGUGAAGAUCGUGGUACCCGACGAUGCAGAGGACGAGAGCGGCAGUACGACGAGUCCACUCGGGUACGGGCUCUGGGGCUACGAGCCUUUGGUGAGCUUUCUCCAAGACAAGUAUCUUCAGCCAUUGCUCGUCAACGAAAAGCAGCGAGAGGAAGCCCGAGCAUGUUGGCGUCAUAGAUAA